AUGGCCACUUACACUUAUGCCGUCACCUCCCCCAUCGCCAUGACCUCCAAGUCGCAAUAUUAUCACCCUGCGCCUAUUAGCCGCAGUUACGCUGUCUCACCACCAGAGACCGCUGAUUCGGUCACUUCUGGCUCCGCCACCGGGCCAUCAUACUCGGUUUCUGGAUACAGCACUACUCCUUCCUACGCCAGCAGCGAGUACGAGACGAGGAACUCAGCGAACGGUAUCGAUCUCCAGGAAUACGUCAGCGAGCGAUUCUCCAACAUGAACUUUGACCCACUUCCGCUGGAUCGCAGUUUGGCGACCCAAGCACAGGCAUCCGGCAAACUCAACAACAAGCAGCGCGAGAUUGAGGAGCUGCGCGCAAAAGCACAGGCUCGUCUUGCGAAAUCCCGCGCCAGAAUGCAGACUGGAUUCCAGGAUGUCAAGGAGGUGAAGAGGGAUUUGGAGUGGAGCCAGAAGCACGUUUCUGCUCUCACAAGCAAAACCUCGCGAAAGCACCCACAAGAGUACAAACAGGCCCGCGCGCGCUACCCAUCACCAGAAUACUAG